UCCCUGCCAUGUAAGUAGUAGAUAGGGCUCUGUUCCAAUAGAAGAGUUUUGCCUCUCUGUUACCAUAUCUGUGUUUUAGAUUACUCAGUUCUUGUGCUUAGCUUCACUUCCAAUAUCUUUGAGCUAGCUUCAACAAUGGCUUCUCUUUCAGCUACCAGUCUCCGCAGCUUCCAAUCCUUGCAAAGCCAGCCAAUCAAAACUAGCCAGGUAACGAGGACAAGUUUGGUAUCUACUGGCUGGGGGAAGAGUGGCUUCACUUCUUUGAGAACUUCCCGUUUUCACAUCUGUUCCGCUGCUAAACCGGAGACUGUCCAAAAGGUGGUCGAGAUUGUGAGGAAGCAACUGGCUUUGCCGGCAGAGUCCGAGGUCACCCCGGACUCCAAGUUCUCAACACUUGGUGCUGAUUCUCUUGACACAGUGGAGAUAGUGAUGGGUUUGGAGGAAGAGUUUGACAUCAACGUGGAAGAGGAUAACUCUCAGAACAUAACCACGGUUCAAGAAGCGGCUGAUUUGAUAGAGCAGCUUAUUGAGAAGAAAACAGAGGCUUGAUUAGCAGCCUAGCCAGAAGAAAUUGAUGAGUUUGUUAAGUUUCUUGAUUUAUUAUGAGCGAGGAAGAAGAAAUGUGCUAAGCUUGUAACGUUCUUAAUUGAUUUUGUUGAGUUUGGUUUGCAAUUUCUGGAUUUGAAUGCCUUGAUUUGA